AUGGCCACCACCGCCGAAGCCCUCCUCGAGGAAUUCGAGGCAGACCUUCAAGACGACAUCGAGGUCCUGAAGCUCCACAACGAGACCGGACGCGCUUCCGCGAUCCAGUCAACGGUCGAUGCCUUGGGCCCGAUCAACGGCGAGCAGAUUGCGCUCGCCGCGCAUGCGUACCAUGAAUUUGAUAUGCACGCGUUGCGAGCGCAAUAUCCUCCAGGUUGAUCGCUUCCACGUCCGCGUUGUCAAUAUAGUCUCUACCUGUGUGUGAACAAGCAGUGCUCUGCCCAACUAACGUUAACUGUAAAUGAAGGUGUUUCGCG